UGGCUGCAGCUUAUACCAUAGCUUUGAGAUACACAAGGACAUCAGACAGAGAACUCUACUUCUCAACCACAGCCGUGUGUAUCACAGAAGUUAUAAAGUUAUUGCUAAGUGUGGGGAUUUUAGCUAAAAGCAAUACAUUAUCAUCUGAGAGAGAGGAUGACAAUUUCAGGAUUUUAUGGGAGAUAUAGAAGAAUUAUGUUAGAAAUGACUAAAUGGUCAAACUUGAAGAACUUUCUCUUCAGAGAAGAAAAAUGAAGAAAAACUUAGAUCUUGAUUAAAAUAGUACAUGUCUCCAUAGUCCUGGAAAAUUAUUGUAAAGUUAAUGUGAAAAUUAGAGAAACUGGUAGUCUGGGCAGAUUCAAAGCAUCUUUAAGAGAAAAUGUCUUGGGGAGCCCCAAGGAACUGUUGAAAUUAAGUGUACCCUCAUUAGUUUAUGCUGUUCAGAACAACAUGGCUUUCUUAGCCCUUAGUAACCUGGAUGCAGCAGUGUACCAGGUGACCUACCAGUUAAAGAUUCCUUGUACUGCUUUAUGUACUGUUUUAAUGUUAAACCGGACACUCAGCAAGCUGCAGUGGAUUUCAGUUUUUAUGCUGUGUGGUGGAGUCACACUUGUACAGUGGAAGCCAGCCCAAGCCACAAAAGUUGUGGUGGAACAGAAUCCAUUAUUAGGGUUUGGCGCUAUUGCUAUUGCUGUAUUGUGCUCAGGAUUUGCAGGAGUGUAUUUUGAGAAAGUUUUAAAGAGUUCAGACACUUCCUUGUGGGUGAGAAACAUACAAAUGUACCUAUCAGGGAUUGCUGUGACGUUAGUCGGUGUCUACUUGUCAGAUGGAGCUGGAAUUAAGGACAAAGGAUUUUUCUAUGGUUACACGUAUUAUGUCUGGUUUGUCAUUUUUCUCGCAAGUGUUGGAGGCCUCUACACUUCUGUUGUGGUCAAGUACACAGACAACAUUAUGAAGGGCUUUUCUGCAGCAGCAGCCAUUAUCCUGUCUACCAUUGCUUCAGUGAUGCUGUUUGGGUUACAGAUAACACUCACCUUUGCUCUGGGUACCCUUCUUGUAUGUGUUUCCAUAUAUCUCUAUGGAUUACCCAGACAAGACACUACAUCCAUCCAACAAGGAGAAACAGCUUCAAAAGAGAGAGUCAUUGGGGUGUGAUUUUCAGCCUCAAGAGAGAUUCCAUUAAGACUAAAUCAUCUGCAUUAAACUAGAGCCUUAAGUCAAUUCCACAAGAUAGCCUAAACAAACAACAACAACAAAUUAACAUAUGGCAGAAGAACUAAGAAAGCUAUCUGAGUGAACUGCUAAUACGGAAAGUUAAUGUGGACCUGUUUGGGAUCAGACUGUAUUGUUUUAGAAUGAAGGAAUUUUAUUAUGUACAUAACAAGUAUGGAGUGAUAGGGAAUUUAAAAAAUCAUGUGAGGCUACAGUAUACAAGGUUCGGGACAAUGUUUAAGGGUAAAAGUGCCAAAGCCAUUUCUGUACUAUCUGUUCUCUUGUUCAGGUACCAGGGAGAAGGAUGACUCCUUGUUCUCCCAAUUCAUGUACAGUAUUUUGUCCCAGCAGUAGUAAAGUCCUAACUCUGUUCUUAGGAAAGAAAGACAAAAUAAGACAGUCUAGUUCAGAAACGAGCUGAAUGUGUAACUUCUCAAACUGACUCGAUUCCAUAACUCAGACGAGGUUUCUGGGUGGCGACUGAGUACUCUGUUAGUGCUGUCUUUGUGCCAUUCAUUGUCUGGUUCAUAUUUCUUUGCUGUUAGAGGGUAUACUUU